CUUUCAGUAAAGACAUAAUGCAUGGUUAUUUAUUAUCAUGCAAGAACAUCCAAACAACUCUUCCAUUCGUCAUUUGCUUCAGCUCUACAGCCACCACGUGUACUUAUAAUCCUUCUUGCAUGUUGUUAAUAAUGUCUGAAACCAAUCAAGCCCUUAAUUAGAUCAAACAAUACCUAUCUGCUGCUGUGUUUUUUCUCCCCUUCUCUUUGUUUCCUCUUAAAAUUAACAAAUUAAGAUGGAUUUUGUGAAUUCUGUGUUGAACUGGGUUGUGCCUCCUGCAAGUUUAGUGAUGUUGGCUUGUGCAUGGCCUGCCGUGUGCUUUAUAAAUACUUGUGAGUGGUUUUAUAAAUCUUUUAUCAGUGAAAAUAUGGAAGAUAAAGUGGUUAUUGUCACCGGUGCUUCUUCUGGUAUAGGAGAGCAAAUUGCAUAUGAAUAUGCAAAAAGAAAAGCAAAUCUUGUAUUGAUUGCAAGGAGAGAACACAGACUCCGAGGGAUUAGUGAGAAAGCUAGACAAGUCGGUGCAAAACAUGUUACUAUUAUAGCUGCAGAUGUUGUCAAGGAAGAUGAUUGUCGGAGAUUUGUCAAUGAGACCAUAAACUUCUAUGGACGAGUGGAUCAUCUAGUCAAUACGGCAAGUCUUGGACACACAUUUUAUAUGGAAGAAGUUACAGAUACCUCUGUGUUCCCACAUUUGCUGGACAUAAAUUUUUGGGGAAAUGUGUAUCCGACUUUUGUUGCUCUUCCUUAUCUUCAUCAAACGAACGGGCGAAUCAUUGUUAAUGCCGCGAUUGAGAACUGGUUACCUCUGCCAAGAAUGAGCUUAUAUGCUGCUGCAAAAGCUGCUUUGAUAAACUUCUAUGAGACACUGAGAUUCGAAUUGAAUGAUGAUAUUGGAAUAACAAUCGCAACGCAUGGUUGGAUUGGAAGCGAAAUGAGCAGAGGAAAGUUCCGGAUAGAGGAGGGUGCAGAGAUGCAAUGGAUAGAAGAAAGAGAGGUACAAGCGGCUGGUGGUCCGGUGGAAGAGUAUGCAAAGUUGAUAGUAUCCGGGGCUUGCCGAGGGAAUCAUUAUGUGAAAUUUCCAAGCUGGUAUGAUGUAUUCCUUCUGUAUAGGGUUUUUGCACCAAGUGUUCUCAACUGGGCAUUUCGGUUACUGCUAUCGGGGCAUAGCGCAAGAAGAACUUCUCUUGUAGGCACCGGAAGACCUAUGAUUGAAGGAAGCUCUCCUAGGAAACUUCUUACCGGUCCUGUUAGCUUCAACAACCACAGUCUCCUGCAGAUGCAGAAACUUGAAUAAAAGAAGAAGCCUUUGGCCAAGUGAAUUAUGUAAUUAGGAUCUUCUUUUAGAGGGUCUUGUUUGUAUACUUAUUGGGGAAAAAGAGAUCAAACAAAAUAUGUGUUUUGAGGCAUCAGUUUGGAAUUUUUGUGAAAUUUGAUGAAUAAGUGGGGAUUUUUUUUGUGAUUU